AAAAAAAAAAAAAAGGACAGUAGCGGCGAGGCUUGAUGCGACGGAAAAAAAGUGCCGUUACCGAAGAGUGACACGGAAGCGGCUGUUGGCAGCAAAAAUAAUACCCCUCGUUUGAGCGCACCCCCAAAGUACGUGAGUAAGUACAGAGUAGCGAUAAAGCCCGAGUCUCGUGGAUCGGGUGAAGAGACCGCGGCUGGCUUCGGCCACGUCAGCUUCGCAGCAGGAGCAUCGGUGGUGGUUAGCAGGGGUAGCCCGUAUAGCAUGGAAGAAGCUGCCGGGCAAGAGCAGCAACCGCCGGAGCAGCCGUCGCCGCAGCCCCAGCUGAUGACGAAGUUGUCGGGCCUGACGCCGAGUAACGGCACUACCCUCAUCCAUCGCUCGGGACAUUGCUAUCAAUUGCACCGUCCGCACCUUGGCCUGCCGGCCGAUCCAACGCUGGCGGACCAUCAGCCUCACAAAAAAUUUAAGGCGGAUCAUCCCGAUGCCCCGAGUCUCGGGUCCGCGGCAGCAGCCGGAGCUUCCGCCGCCUCGCUCACCCAGGACCAACUGCUUCAACAACAACAACAACAACAACUCCUCACCGGUCACUCGGUCAACCACAUUCUGGACAUCAAUCGCCGUAGGACCCGAGGGGCCCUCGGUAAGCUAAAUAACAACAACCACAACAACAACAACAACAACAACAGCAGCCAGCACCAUCACCAUGGCCAUCAGCAACAACAACAACAGCAUCAAAGACAACAUCAGCAGCACAAGCAUCAACAGUAUCAGCAACAAGUGAUCAACGCAAGUACCCACGUGUCGUGCCUGUACCCGGAAAUCCUGGCGUUGAUAUUCAGCAAACUGGAGGUGCGCGAUCGGGGCCGGGCCGCCCAGGUGUGUAGCGUGUGGCGAGAGGCGGCUUAUCAGCGCUCGGCCUGGCGGGGCGUCGAGGCUAAGCUCCACCUGCGAAAACACGCGAGCGCCGUGUUCCAUUGCCUGGAGAAGCGGGGCAUCAAGCGCGUCCAGGUGCUCUCGUUGACCGUGCGCCGCGGCCUCGGCGACGUGUUUCGGGGGGUACCCAAGCUCCAAAGUCUUAACUUGUCGGGUUGCUACAACAUGUCGGACACGGGACUGAACAACGCCCUCGGCCAGAGCUAUCCCGCGUUGACGGAGCUGAAUCUCAGUCUAUGCAAGAACAUAACCGACGCGAGCCUCGGCAAGAUAGCCAACGCGUUGCGCAACCUAGAGCGCCUCGAGCUCGGCGGUUGCAGCAACAUCACGAACAUGGGCCUCCACGUGAUAUCCUGGGGCCUGAAGAAACUCCGGCGUCUGGACUUGCGCAGCUGUUGGCACGUCUCCGACCAGGGCAUUGCCUUUCUCGCGGGCACGGCCGCCGACGAUUGCGGCACCCCGAGGCUCGAGCACCUCGGGCUCCAGGAUUGCCAAAGAUUGAGCGACGAGGGCCUGCGCCACUUGGCCACCGGCCUCGGCGACACCUUGCGCAGCAUCAAUCUCAGCUUUUGCGUCCUCAUAACCGACGCGGGCAUGAAGCACGUCGCGAAAAUCGGUAGCCUACGCGAGCUAGAUCUACGCUCGUGCGACAGCAUAUCGGAGAUCGGCAUGGCUUACCUCGCCGAGGGUGGCUCGCGCGUCUCGAGCCUCGACGUCUCGUUUUGCGACAAGAUCGGCGAUCCCGCGCUCCAGCACAUCAGCCAGGGCCUCUUCAAUCUCAAGUGCCUCGGCUUGUCGGCUUGCCCGAUCACGGACGAGGGCAUAGCGAGGAUCGCUCGUAGCCAGCGGGCCCUCGAGACCCUCCACAUCGGCCAGUGCAGCAAGCUCACCGAUCGCAGCGUUUCCGCCAUCGUCGACAACAUGACCGAGCUACGGUGCAUCGAUCUCUACGGGUGCACGCGCAUAUCAAAGUUCGGCCUCGAGAAGAUCGACAAGCUCAGGAUAAGCCUCAAUCUUCGGCUCUACCUGCACGGCGAGGAGCACGAGCGCAAUAGGUGAUGGCCGCCCGCCCCCCUGCCUCUGAGACCCCAGUCAUCGCGGCCCCGGUAGCUCCUCCUUUUCCCUGCGUCGUCGUCGUCGUUCUUCUCCUUCGUGUAAGUAGUCUUCUUGCGCGCCUCACGUCUUCGUCGUCGGGAGUCCGCGGUUAGUUCCUCUACAUCACCCGUACCUCUGCACGUACAUUGCACUAUACCCGUGUACCAACCCCUCACCUCUCCUUUCUAUCUAUAUAAACCUCCCGCGACCGCGAAGCCUCGGUUACCCAAGUAUACUGUGGAAUUCGCUGCCGAAGUGAGAUACAAAUCAUAUGGACGUGAUUUUUUUUUUUUUUUUUUUUCCAUCCACUAUUCAAGCGUACUUUAACAGCAAUAUAGCAAUAAUAUUGUGUAUAUACUUUUUAUUCGAUGUAUAGGAGGAUAUUUUUGUAAAUACACACGUAGGCUUUUUAAGAAUUCGAUUAUUAUUAUUAUGGUAAUAAUUAUAGUGACAACUAUAAUAAUAAUAAUAAUAAUAAUAAUAUGCUGAUGAUGAGCGACUAGUUGAAAAACAUGUUUUUUUUCCAAAUGCAAUACCAAUGCGUUUUACAAAUAAGUUCCUUAUUUGUGUACAAUUUGUAAAUACAUAACAUUAUUUUCUACCAAAAUACCAUUACACACAUACACACAUGCAUACCAAUACACACGUACGAUUAAUAUUUUCUAUCCAAAUAUUUUGAUCUUUGUUUACACUGCAAAAACAAAUGCAUUGAUGUAAAUAAACGUUUUGUUAUUUUAUUGUAAAUAUUGUUUGUUUAUAAAUAAAAAUAUUCAAACGAUAACGA